UCUCCUUCACCGUCAGCAGCGUCAGGGUCUCCCAGGUCGAUUUUCGCGGUGAGAGGUCGAGCAGGCAGAGCUUGACCGGGCCAUUCGCAGGAAGCUCAACGAAACUUCUCCUACAUCACCACUUUCCAUUUCUUCUUGCCUCCUACCUCUCUGUAACGACCAAGUUUUCCUUCCGUUACAGCCCAAUUGGCAUCAGAAAUAGCCUUACGAUAACCUCAAACACUUUUCAAGCAAGGGAUCCCACAGAGCCACUCCAUUGGGAGCUACAAAAUCACCUUCAAGAUGGCGACUCCAGGAGGACUACCAUACCGCAACCCGUCACGGCAGCAGUCGCGCCAGAUGUCGGUCGACCCGCACAAUGAACUCCGCCCGGAGCAGAACCACUAUAUUGGUAUCGAUGUCGGUACUGGUAGUGCGCGAGCAUGUAUCAUGAACGACAAGGGCGAUAUUGUCGGUCUGGCAAGCGAGAACAUUGGCCUCUGGCAGCCGGAGACGGGCUACUAUGAACAAUCAACGACCAACAUCUGGAAAUGCAUCUGCAACUCGAUCCAGCGAGCUAUGUCUCAGCACAACAUCGAUCCCAACACAGUCCGCGGUAUCGGCUUCGACGCCACCUGUUCCCUCACAGUCUUCGACCGAGAGACGGACGAGCCAAUUGCAGUGACAGGACCAAAGUUUGACAACGCUGAUGGCAAUGACCGCAAUGUCAUCCUAUGGCUUGAUCACAGACCGGUGGAAGAGACGAAGAAGAUCAAUGCCACAAACCACAAUCUACUCAGAUAUGUGGGUGGCCAGAUGAGCAUUGAAAUGGAGAUUCCAAAGGUGCUGUGGUUGAAGAACAACAUGCCAAAGGAGCUCUUCGAUCGAUGCAAGUUCUAUGAUUUGGGCGAUGCUUUGACACACAUGGCAACUGGCAGCGAGGCACGAAGCUUCUGCUCAGUGGUCUGCAAGCAAGGAUAUGUCCCAGUUGGUGUCGACGGCAGUGUCAAGGGCUGGCAAGAGGACUUCCUUACCGAGAUCGGCCUCUCAGAUCUCUGCGAGGACAACUUCAAGCGGAUGGGAGGCGUAAACGGGGUGAACGGUCACUACCUCACGGCUGGUGAGCUGAUUGGCACCUUGUCCGAGAAGGCAGCAGCCGAGAUGGGUCUCCCAGCAGGCAUCGCCAUCGGCAGCGGUGUGAUUGACGCCUAUGCCGGCUGGAUCGGCACUGUGGGCGCAAAGGUCAACCUCAGAGAAGACAGCCUCGAUACCACCAAGCCAAAGAACGACGUCUCCCAGGCCUUCACACGUCUGGCCGCUGUUGCUGGCACAUCGACCUGCCACUUGGCUAUGUCGGAGAAGCCAGUCUUCGUCAACGGCGUGUGGGGUCCUUACAGAGACGUCCUCAUUCCAGACUACUGGUUGGCCGAAGGUGGACAGUCGGCCACUGGCGAGCUUCUUAAGCACGUUGUCGAGACACACCCAGCUUUCCAAGAAGCCAUGUCUCUGGCCGAGUCAUUCAACACCAACAUCUACGACUACCUGAACGAGCAUCUUCAUGAGAUGAAGGAGAAGAUUAAUGCUCCAGCCAUCUCUUACCUUGGCCGUCACUUCUUCUUCUACGGAGACUUAUUCGGCAACCGUUCUCCAAUCGCCGACCCAGACAUGAAGGGAUCUGUGAUUGGUCUCUCCAACGACAAGAGCAUUGACGGUCUUGCUUUGUACUACUAUGGUACUAUGGAGUUUAUUGCUCUGCAGACCAAGCAAAUCAUCGAGCAGAUGAACAACGCCGGGCACGUCAUCUCCUCCAUCUUCAUGUCUGGCUCGCAAUGCCAGAACCCGGUCCUCAUGUCACUCAUGGCCACUUCAUGUGACAUGCCUGUGCUGAUUCCACGAUAUGUCCAUGCCGCUGUCGUACACGGUGCUGCCAUGCUUGGUGCCAAGGCUGCUUCUACAGACAAGGAUGGCAAGAGUGAACCACUAUGGGACAUUAUGGACAGGAUGAGCAAGCCUGGUAAGGCUGUCUACCCAAAUAAGGACCAAGGCGAGAAGAAGCUGCUCCAGGCCAAGUACAAGGUCUUCCUUAAGCAGUGCGAGGAGCAGCGGGCACACCGCAAAGAUAUCGAUGAUGCUAUCUCGGGCUGGAGAUAAGGUAAUGCAUCUCUGGAGUAAGCUGCAUGAUGUGGAUGAAAAGCAUAACACUGCAUAAUAUUUCCAUAGACAUAGAAGGCGACGCUCGACGACGAAGCGAAUGAUGGACGAAUUGCACGAACAAGAGCUGCGGCUCACACAGAUU